UUUAAUAUCUCAGCUUCCCCUUGCUGUUCUGUUAUCUCUUCUGUGUGGCUCUCUUAUACUGACAGUGAAGUGAGGCAGAGAGAAGAGCGGGGAGAGAGAAUGUCCACCACCACCACCGCCAUGGCCACCGUCACCGGAGGAAGCGCCGCCCUUCACCCAGUGCCAAAACCGCCGAUCAGAGAAUUUUUGGUAUUGGCACCGAGACAAAUUCUGUACAAACGCAACAAGUCAUUGUCUUUCUCCAUUAGCUAUGGCGGAAACCCUAAACAAGAGCCGUCGUCGUCGUCGCCGGUUCUCUGUGCUUCUUCAGCAUCUCCGACACCUCUCGCCGAAGAGGAAGAAGAAGUAAAAGAAAGUGGGUCUUCCGCUCCCCCUGAGGAUGGUGAUGUUGUUCUUUCCACACUCAUUCGAGAUUCUGACUCGUUUCUUUCUCCAGGGGGUUGCAAGGCCUGUGGGAAAGAAGUUGUGGAGAGUGGUUGUAAUGGCGAGGGAAGGAUUCAAGGAGGGAUCGCGACAGUCCCAGGAUUUGGUUGGUGGCCGAUAAAGGCAUACAGGCCUUGUCCUGCAUUUGUGGCUUCUGGUGGUAGGUAUAGGCGAACUGGACAAAGCAUGGAUGAAGUCGUCUCCGGGGGAGGAGAAUGAGCCAAUGCUGCAGGAAUCAACGACGAUGCUCAAUCCAGGUAGA